AAACAGAAAAAAUCACAUCUGUCUGUCACCUCGCAAGGAAAACCGGUCAUCAGAAGAAUAGUUAAUAUUUUUUGGAGUAAUUAAUUGCCCAAUUAAAACUUUAAUUGCUUUACCUCUUCGUCUUCAUCGUCAAUUUAGGAAAGCUGCUAUAAAAUGGGUUAUCACCUUGCUAUCGGAGGGUUCGAAUUGGAUGUUGGAAUCCUUGAGGUCAUCGGAGGUAUUUUUGGUUUGACUGUCCUUGUUUUCUGGAUUCGGGCACUGACGAGCAGAAGGGAGGUCCGAUGUAAUCUACCCUUCGGGACGCUGAUAGUGCUCGGUUCUGGAGGCCAUACUAUGGAAAUGAUGACAAUCGUGAAAAGUCUGAAUAGGAAACUGUACUCCCCAAGGACCUACGUGAUAGCAGAGUCGGACACCCUGAGCUUUCAGAAGGUGCAAGAGUACGAACAAGGUCGCGAAGAUUGUCAUAUUGAUUAUGUUCAUCGGGUCAGGGAAGUGGGGCAAGACUGGGUCACAACGUUACUAUGGUCAAUGCCCAUUGCCCUCUUCCAGUGCCACGACAUCAUGAAGUAUAAUAAGCCGGCUUUGAUCUUAUGUAAUGGUCCCGGAAUCUGUGUCCCCAUCUGCUUAAUGGCUAAGUUAUAUCAGUACCUCUUCCGAUGCAAGUGCACCAUCGUCUACAUCGAAAGUGUGUGUCGUGUGACAAGUUUGUCCUUCACGGGAAAAAUCCUACAAUAUUGUGUAGAUCACUUCGUGGUCCAGUGGCGUGAAGUUCAACGCAGAAACGGAUUUUUGUUUUUUGGACGUCUCAGUUAGAUUCGUUAUAGUACAUCUGCUCAAUAGAGAGAUAAGGCUGAGUCGUAUCCACUAAACUUAUUUUAUACCAAAUCAAGACAAUCAUUGUUAUUUAUUUUGUUACUAUCUCCUAUCCUGUUAUAAUGUAUGCUUCCAAAGAAGCUCAAACCUAUCUUUUAUUAUGAAUGUACAUUUUUAAUCAAAAUCCCAAAUUCUAGUGAUAACCAACAGUUCUAGUAAUUGUCUAAGAUAACAUAAGUCAAACAAUUAUUUUAUAAUGAGUCAAAGCAAUCCUCACCAAAUAAAGUGUGGUUUAUGUUACUUUUUAAAAA